UGAAGAGCUAGACCAAGAUACGUCCAUGACAGCAAUACUAUGUCCUACAAAUGUGUCCGCUAACGAGAUAAACGCUCAUAUAUUGAGAAAAAUUACAGUAGAAGAGAGAGAAUAUCUUAGUUGUGACAGCUACACACUUGAUCCCAAUGACAAUUUCGAACCACCAAUUGAACUUUUGAAUUCAAUUGAAGCUCCCGGUCUACCACCGCACAGACUGACAUUGAAAAAGGGAGCCGUGGUAAUGCUUUUAAGGAAUGUAGAUUUACAAGCAGGCAUGUGCAAUGGAACUAGACUGAAAGUUGUACAACUCCACGACCACACAAUAGACGUCGAGAUUUUGAGUGGAAAGCACAGGGGUGAGCAAUCACUCCUACCGCGUGUAAGAUUCAUCUGCGAGACGGAAAUGCUACCGCGGCCCCUCACUCGGUUGCAAUUCCCAGUCAAACUCGGGUACGCAAUGACAAUCAACAAAAGCCAAGGGCAAACUUUCAAUAAAAUUGGUAUUUGUCUCGACACACCAUGCUUCGCGCACGGUCAAUUGUACGUGGCGUUUUCGAGGGUUAGGAAAUGGGCCGAUGUAUUAGUCUAUGUGCGUGACGGUCCAAAACAGGGGACGUUUGGUUUCAACGAUGGGCGUACUUUUACACGCAACGUCGUGUAUGCGUCCAUUGUAGAUCGAAACGACAACCAUGAUGAAGACAUGCAAAACAGUGGGGAAGAAGAACAUCAAAAUCUAAUCCCACGUCACGCACAAAACUCACCACCAACUACCGGUCCAGUCUGUCCUGUCCAUGAAUCCCACGACAAUGUGCCUGAAGACGUUGAGAUGGCGGGUGAUGACAAUGAACAAUUGGCUCAGGAGUUCAUCCAAAUCAUUGAAGACGAGAACACGUUCAUCACUGUUGUACACAACGACAGUGAGAAUGUUUCUCGUCACGAUCAACCAGGCACUUCCGGCAUUAGCAGGACAUUUUUACGUCCUGUCGCUGAUGACUCGGACAGUGACUGAUUGAUCAGCAAAAUUAUUCAAAAUUAGUUUGCCAGUCAUAUAGGAAAUUGUAAUUUUU